CAACUAUUAAUUAUUAAAUAUUAUGGCUAAAAAACAAGCUAUCAGCCGUAAGUUAUAUAUUCUAUAACAUACUUUACAUACAUCAAUAUUAUCAAUAGUUUUCACGUUUGUAUUAUAUAUAAUUAUACACAUUACACAGACCGUUCUUCCAUUGUGUACAGUAAUAAGCAAAAAUUUCAAAUGCCUAGAGUACAAGAAGUUUGUACAUUUGUAAGUUAUCAUUGCAUCGAUCCCUUCUUAAAAUCUCUAUUAAAAAAAUUAGAAAUUUUAAUACUUAAUUUUACAGAAUACAUGUAGUAAUCUUAUAUUUGCAAAGAAAAAUCGAAUAAAGGGACAGUACGACAAUGAAAAAGAAAACUGGAUUUCAAAGUUUAAGUACAGUAUUUAUAUUAAUCAAGAAACGAUAUUUCUGUGUAUUGUAUAGUAAACGACAAAUUAAUUGGUUUUGUAUCUAAUACUUUUAGCGUAACAGCUGCAACUGAAAUUAUGAGUUCCAAUAAUUAUAAAUAUUUUCGACGUCCAAUUAUACCAUUUUUAGUACCAAAAACACAAAAUGUAAACAUUCCUGAACACUUUAAUCAUGACAUUCUGAAUGAUGUAGUAAGAGAUGCUCAAAAACAGUGUUAUGCAUUUUCACCUAAGAUAGAACCAUAUAAGAAUGUGGGAACUCAAACAGAUUAUCGUGAUAGCGAAUCGCAAACAGUACCUUGGGAACCACCAUAUAGAAUUAAGACAGGACAUAAUCCUGAAGCAUUAACGAUAGCACAUUUAACUUGGAAUCAUGGUUUACCAGCUGGACUUCGUGAAAUAGAAAUCAUUAGUCGAGUGAGAAUGAAAAAGGCAUGGGAAGAAAUCCUUCCUCCCAUGGAUACAUCAGCUAAUAUCAAACUGCGGACAACUAUAUUAACAGCAUUAGAAGUAGACGAAUGGGCAUUUAGAGAAUCGGAGAUUCAAGCAAUAAUGGAUUAUAGAUUUGAACUGAUGUCUGAAAUAUCAAAAUCUCUUGAAUGUGAAAAACGAAAGAAAGCACAAGAUCGUUUUAAUAGGUUGAAAAUUGUAUUAUCCGAUCGUAGAGAUAAAGAAGUAAAUUCUAUUAAACAUAAUCUUAGAAGAGAAUUAAGAAAGCUUCGUAAAACACAUCACCAAAAGCAGCGACCGGCUAGACAUGAUAUUAUUAAAGAACAUGCUGAUGCAGCAUCUGAAAUAUAUGCACCACAAAUGCGUUAUGGGGAGCAUCCACAAAGAAGACAUGAAGUAAUACAAAAAGAAUUAUUAAGAGGAAGCUACAUUGAAAGUAUAGAUCAAAUAAAUACGUUACCAAGCUGGCUUCCAACAUACGAAGAACUGAGAGCAAUUAAACCGAAGCCUAAACCAACUGAUCUUUGUAUUAGAGAAACAAGAUGGACAGAAGAAAAACUAAGACAAUUACACUCUGAUCUGAAGGUAAUUAGAUUGAAUGUUGAGCAAAUAGAAACGUCAACAUUAUUGAAGCGCAAAUAUAAAGCACCAUCUUUGCCACCUACUCCAUAUAAUACAACUACAGGAAAUGCAGAACAUGUACGCAUAGAUCAAUUGUCUACUCUUAUGCAAAAAAUAGUUAGGGGAAGAGCUCUUCAAUGCAUGAUGUUCGAAGGUCGAAGUAGAUGCAGAGAGUUAAUCGAGGAAUUGCAAUCAUCUCACGGAUUAGAAGACCAAAGUAAAAAGCAACGUCAAAAAGAGAAAGAGCAUAUGAUAGAUUUACAACGUUUACAAAAUGAAAAAAGCACGCAAGAAAAUCGUUUAUAUGAAAUUCUUAAUUCUUUAGAAGGAAUAAGUCUUACAGAAAUGUUGGAUUUUCUUAGUAAAGAAUUGAUAAGAUUAGAAGAUGAACGCCGAAUACACGCUUUUACAUUAUUAGCUGAAAGAGAGAGAGCUAUGAAAGAAGCGGCGGAAGCUGGAAGACGUCAACUGGAAUACAAUCGUCGUAGAGAAUUUGAUGAAAUGUUUAAACAAAUUGUAAAAGUUCAACAAGAGUCUGUGGAAACCUACCUAGAAGAUAUUAUAAAAGAAGGCAUCGAAUGGGUAUCGGAUGAGGCAGCCAAAAAAUAUAUUUUAAAGUUAUGCGAUAAAGUGGACGAUAUAUCAAAAUAUGCCCAGGACAAUGCAACAAGAGUAGCAGAAGAAGAACUGGUAGCAAACAUGAUUUAUAACUUCGUAUUACCCGAAGCGGAAAAAAGUUCUACACGGAAAAGUAUAAGAGAAAAACAACAAAGUUAUCUGCGAAAUGCGCAUGAAGUACUUUAUGACGAAAUAUUAAAUUUACCAUCUAUCGAAAAUCUAAAUUCUCCAUCCAACGAAAUAUGUAGAGAAACAUGUGACAAAAUGAAAUCAAUUAAUAUAUUAGACACGGAGAAAAUCUCCAAAGCGUGUUCAACAGCAGACACAGCAGAAGAACAAUUGGAAUCUCUAAACCUAAACACAAUUGCUGUUAAGGAUGUUAAAGCAAUUUUGGAAAGUAUCAUAUCAAAUGUUGUUCCAAUGGUAUAGAACUGAACAGUUUGUUGAAAAUCAUAAUUGCUGAAGUUUGUAAAGGUUAGUAUUUCAAGUGAAAUAUAUUUAUUAUUUUAUUAGCUUAAAACUAAAAAUGAUAUAAAAAACAAUAUUACUACACAUCAAAACAAUCAUAUUGUGUGUAUUAAUAAAUGUUUAAAAUUGUUUAAGUUACAAAUAAAACACACAUACAGAUAUAUAUAUAUACACCUGAUAAAAAAAUUUGUCGCUAAUUUUACUUUACCAGAAAUCUUACAUAUUUUUAAAAUAAUCUCAUAAAAUAAUAUUUCUGUAUACAGAAAUAU